GACCACCCCACCCAGUCAUUUCGCCGAGAAAUGGUUGUUUGGAAACAACUUCGCCAUCCCAAUGUCGCACCAUUGCUUGGUAUAUGCGAGUGGGAAAUACCGGCCGAACAGCCCAACAUUCCGAUGCAAUGUCUAGUUUCCCCCUGGGCCCAGAACGGGAAUCUCAUGGAAUACUUGAAAUCACAUCAGCCUGACUUGCCACCCAUAGUACGUGAACACAUGCAAUGCGGAUCGGGAACUCAACGGAAUGUUUCGCAGCUCAUGCAAAUUGCCGACGCACUGUGCUACCUGCACGCACACAAACCGCCUAUGGUCCACGCGGAUCUCCAUCCUCGAAACAUUCUGAUCGACCAUAAACACGAACCACGCCUGACUGACUUCGGCUUAAGCACGUUUGCGGGGUCCCAUACCACAACAGGAACACAGACCACUCACGGGAACGAGCAGUACUGGGCUCCUGAAUUCAUAUUACGUGAGCCUGGGGAAUGGACUCCGACACCAGAGUCCGACAUGUAUGCCUUCGCAUGCCUCGGUCUCCAGAUGUACACUCGGGAAAUGCCCUGGCAAAAUUUUACGAGUCUUCAAAUCCAGCUGAACGUGACGAAUGGACAACGACCGAGCCGUCCCUCGACCGGAAGUAUGUCGGAUGAUGUUUGGGAUGUUAUUCAGGCUUGCUGGGCGCAGGAGGCAAAAAAGAGGAUGAAAAGUAUACAUGCAUGGACGAAACUGAUAGAGUACUGCAGUCGCUAA